AUGGGCUUCGAAGGCGGCUUCGUCGUCGACGAGGUGGACGCCUACGCGCUCGCCAUCAACCUCGGAACCAACCCCAAGGAGACGCUAGUCAAGCUUCAAGCAACCCGCUUCGAAUCCAGCCAAGUCAUCAACCUCGUCAACGCGGCAGCAGACCUAGACAUCGACAAGCCCGACCGCGAGAUCAUUCGUUUCCAGGACGUCAACGUCUACGCCAGUCCGCUCGGCUGCAUCAUCGGCACACAGGUUUACCCCCCUGGCUUCGUCGUGCAGGGCAAAGCCUUCAUUCUUGACAAAAAGGUCGAGAUUGACUGCCGGAUCGGUAGUGAAGGCCUCAAGCUCAAGGGGGAAAUCGAAGGCUUCACCCUUGGUCCUCUUGCAAUCCGGGGCGGGAAGGGCGCUGAUGGCACUCAGGGAGAAAAUGCCUUCAUUGACUUUGAGAUCACCAAAGAGCGGCAGUGUUUUGAGCUCAGUGGGAGCGUGGCGCUCUGGGAUCUUGAGGCUGGUGUGUUUGUCAAGGCACAGAUCAUGCCUGAUCCGGAGCUUGAGUUCAAUUUUGAACUGGCGUGGAGCGAUCUCAUCAAGUUUCAGGUCGAUGGCAAGCUCAUCAAGCCUGAGCCUGCUGACAGGGAGUUGGAGAAGGGCGGUGCUGGUGCCAAUACCGGCGCUUUGGCGAACCUUGAAGAUGCCGAUUUCCAACUCCAUGCUUUGAUGGAGCAGCGGAUCCUGACAGAGAUCUCGGAGGCGAUGCAGAAGUGGUUUGCAAGUGCUCAAGCGUCGGUUGACCAAGGUAUCGAGGAGGCCAAACGCAAGGUGGACGAGGCAAAGCUUGAAUUUGAGCGUAAAUGCGAGGAGGCCAAGCAAGAGGUGAAAAGAACGCAGGCCAAGUUUGAUGCUGCCAUGGAGGCGGCCCAGGCUGACCUGCGAGCGGAAGAGGAAAAGUGCCGCCGGGAGCAGGUUGAGAACGAGCAGUACAUCCUGGAGGAAGAGAAGCGUGCCGAUGAGCACAUUCGCCAAGCUGUUGCUAUCUUGGACGGGAAGAAACGGGAUUUCCAGGAUGACAUGGACGGCAAGAAGCGUGAUCUUGCCCAGAAACGGCGCGAUGGCGAGGAAGCCAUCAAUGGCAAGAUUCGUGAUCUCCAGGGAUCGCGGGAAAAGCUCCAGAGGGAUUUCGGCAACGCUAUUCAGGCUUUGGAGAGUGCCAGGGCACGAGUGAAUGAGGAAGAGUGUAAGUGGUCCUCGCCCCAGGGCAUGUCUUGA